CCACAUCCGUGUCUAGAGCUGGGUGCCGCCGCUGCUGCUGUAGAGGGCGCUGCAGCAGGAAGAAGAUCGGAGUGGCAUAGAUCUAACCAACCCUCGUUUCCAUGGCGAUGGAGAUCGAGCCACCCGCACCCGCCACGGCGGAUGACUGGCGGCACGCGCUCGCCCGCGUGGUGCCUGCUAUCACCGUAAUCCAUGUAACCAUGCCACGCGCCUUUGACACCGAGAUCGCCGGCGCCGGCGCUGCCACCGGCUUCGUCGUAGACAAGGCCCGGGGGAUCAUCCUCACCAACCGCCACGUCGUCAGUCCAGGACCCGUCGUUGCAGAGGCCAUGUUCUCCAACAGAGAGGAGAUCCCUGUGUACCCCCUCUACAGAGAUCCUGUGCACGAUUUUGGGUUCUUUAGGUACAAUCCAAAUGCCUUACAGUUCCUUGAGUAUGAAGAGAUCCCUCUAGCACCCGAAGCGGCAUCCGUCGGGCUAGAUAUUCGGGUGGUCGGCAAUGACAGCGGCGAAAAGGUUUCAAUUUUGGCGGGAACACUGGCUCGACUUGAUAGAGAAGCUCCUGUUUACGCAAAGGAUGGGUACAAUGAUUUCAACACAUUCUAUAUGCAGGCUGCAUCUGGUACUAAAGGUGGCUCUAGCGGUUCCCCUGUUAUUGAUUGCCAAGGAAGAGCUGUUGCACUGAAUACAGGAGGCAGAUCUUCCAGCGCUAUUGCAUUCUUCCUUCCAUUAGAGUGUGUUGUUAGAGCACUCAAUUUGAUACGUCAUCAUUGGGUUGCAUUUGGCAGCAAGGCAGAAUCUGUUUAUAUUCCCCGUGGUACUUUGCAGGUGACUUUUGAACACAAAGGUUUUGAAGAAACUCGACGAAUUGGACUCAGGAAUGAUACCGAGAAGAUGGUAAGACUUGAUUCUCCAGCAGGUGUGACUGGAAUGCUGGUUGUUCAUUCUGUGGUGCCAGAUGGGCCUGCACACAAACUUUUGCAACCUGGUGACGUGCUGGUUCGCAUGAAUGGGGAGUUAGUAACACAAUUUCUCACCCUGGAGACCUUCCUUGACGGUAGCAUUGGCUCGGAAAUAGGUUUGCAGAUCGAAAGAUCUGGAAUUACUUUAACAAUAAAGCUGAAGGUAGAAGAUUUGCACUCCAUAACUCCAAAUCAUUUUUUGGAAGUUGGUGGUGCUGUCAUCCAUCCACUUUCAUACCAGCAGGCUAGAAACUUCGGGUUCAAAUGUGGUCUUGUAUAUGUUGCUGAGGCAGGGUACAUGCUCUCCCGAGCAUCGGUUCCACAACAUUCAAUUAUAAGGAAGUUUGCAGGAAAGGAUAUUGCACAUUUAGGUGACCUUAUUUCAGCUAUUUCAAAGCUGUCUAGGGGAGCGAAAGUGCCUCUUGAAUAUGUAAUAUACAAGGACCGACACCGGAACAAGACCGCAGUAGUAACAAUUGAUCAGCACGGGUGGUAUGCGUCUCCUCAGUUAUAUACUCGAAGUGAUGCAAAUGGACUGUGGACUGCAAAAUUAGCUAUAGCACUUGAAUCUGUUAUAGGAACUUUAUCAUCCUCUGGAGAUUUAGAUGACAUAAAAGCUGAUCUGAGGCAAUCUACUAGCCUGGAAGGUUCUGAUCUUGCUGGAACAAUAUCUAGUAAUUCUUCAUUGGCAGAACAAGCAAUUGAACCAUCCCUUGUAAUGUUGGAGGUGGACGUGCCACCAAUGUGCAUGCUUGAUGGACUUCAUGCUAAAUUUUUCGCUGGAGCUGGUGUGAUAAUAUACCAUUCUGACACCUUAGGUCUCAUUGCUGUUGACAAGAAUACAGUCAUUAUACCUGCUUGUGAUAUAAUGAUAUCUUUUGCUGCAUAUCCCAUUGAAAUACCUGGAGAGGUUGUUUUUCUGCAUCCUGUUCACAACUUUGCAUUCGUUGCGUAUGAUCCUUCUGCACUAGGAGCUGGAGCAUCUGCUGUCCGGGCUUCAGAACUUUUUGCUGAACCUGCCUUGCGCCGAGGAGAUUCCGUCUACCUAGUUGGGCUUGGGCUGGAUGGAAGCUUACAGGUUACAUCAAGGAAAUCAACCAUAACAAGUUGUAAAGCUGUUGACAUUCGCUCGGGUGACCGCCCACGAUAUCGUGCAAUAAAUAUGGAGGUCCUUGAGCUUGAUAGUGAUUUUGGUAGCCAAUUUUCGGGUGUAUUGACGGAUGACCAAGGGAGAGUUCAAGCACUAUGGGCAAGUGUCUCCAGCCAGAUAUUUGGUUCUAGCAUUUCGGAGGACGAUCAGUUUGUUAUAGGUAUACCAAUAUAUCCGAUAAUUGAAAUCCUUCAGAAAUUCAUCUCAGGAGCUCCUGGACAAUUUCGUCUUAUCAACGGAAUUAGGAGACCAAUGCCAUAUGUCAGACUUCUGGAGGUGGAACUUUAUCCAACUUUGCUAUCGAAGGCAAGACAUUCUGGAUUGAACGGUAGCUGGGUGCAGGCUCUCGCUAAGAAGGACCCUGUGCGAAGACAAGUACUGCAAGUGAAAUGUUGUUUUGCUGGAUCAAAAGCGGAAAAUCUUCUCGAAGAUGGAGAUUUGAUUCUUGCUAUCAAUAAGGAGCCUAUUACAUGCUUCCUUGAUAUUGAGAAUGCUUGCCAAAAGUUGGAUCAGUCAAUCGAUUCAGAUGGAAUGCUUGACAUGACAAUAUUUCGGCAGGGAAAGGAAAUAGACCUCAUUGUUGGAACAGAUGUAAGGGACGGUAAUGGUUCAACACGUAUGGUGAACUGGUGUGGAUGCACAGUUCAGAGUUCGUAUCCGGCACUGCGUGGUCUUGGUUUUUUGCCUGCGGAAGGUCAUGGUGUUUAUGUUGUUAGAUGGUCUCGUGGAAGUCCCUCGCAUAGAUAUGGUCUCAGUGCUCUCCAGUGGAUAAUUGAGGUCAACGACCAACGAACUCCAGAUCUGGGAUCUUUUAUAGAGGUGGUGAAGGGAUUGGAAGAUGGCCAAUUUGUUAGGGUGAGAACCAUCCAGCUGGAUGGAAAACCCCGCUUCCUUGCUCUGAAACAAGACCUUCACUACUGGCCAACCUGGGAGCUCAGCUUUGACCCAGAGACUGCAACAUGGCACAGAAACAAUAUAAGCAUUGCUGCAGAGAGGCGUGCCAUAGAGGUCACUGCGAGCACAAGUGCGGGGGCAUGAUCAGCAGAAGCAAUGUGACACCAUGUCUCCGGCUAUUAGCUGUGUUUCUGUUCCAGAACUAUUAGGUGUUGCACACCACAAAAAGGGGUACCACUUAGGGUUAAGCGAAACAAUGUCUGGGUUCUAGAACCAUUCCUAUUGGUCCGUUUAUGCAAACCAUGUCGCUGAAUUUCAAUUUCAACAUGCUGGAAAUUGGGAGCCUCAAGUUUGUAUUCACAAAUCUGGGUUGUACCCACUUUAGCUUGCUCGGUACUAAGUUGCUGUGUAUCAACAUGGAUGUUGUGCAUUAUAUAUGUAAGCUACGACUUCUUUUUCUUA